AUAUCAUCAUCUACAUCUCACAACACUAACCAGCUUGAUCUGUUCUUCACAACUUUCUUUUUCUUUGCUCAUAUAUCAUUCUCAUAAAAAAUCAUGGGUCUCCAGAAGCACCAACAAGAAAUUACCUCCUCUCUGUCAGCAGAAAAAAUAUUCAAUGGAUUGAUCGUUGAUGUUGAUAACAUUUUCCCCAAGGCCGCUCCGGGAGCUUACAAAAAUGUCGAAAUCAAAGGUGACGGUGGAGUUGGAACCAUCAAACACAUCACUCUUCCUGAUGGUGGCCCGAUCACCACAAUGACCCUUAGAACUGAUGCCCUCGACAAGGAGGCAUUCACAGUCGAAUACAGCAUCAUUGACGGAGAUGUUCUGUUGGGAUUCAUUGACAAGGUUGAAAAUCUUCUUGUAGUUGUGCCAAAUGCCGACGGAGGCAGCACCACCAAGACUACGACCAUAUUCCACACAAAAGGCGAUGCUGUCGUCCCAGAAGAGAAUAUUAAGUAUUCCCAGGAGCAGAACGUAUUGGUAUUCAAGGCUGUUGAGGCCUACCUCAUUGCUAAUUGACUAAUUAAGUCUGUGAGUGUGAGUGUGUGAUUUUUAUCAGUCUCUGGUGUGCGUUUUAUGUGGCAAUUACUUUGAUGAUGUUUCUGGAUGAGUGAUUAAUAUCCAGUACUCGUGUUUGUUUACUGAAUUGAAUAAAGAAUUUCGACUAUGAGAUGUGCAUGUGUAUUGCUAUCAUAGAAAACAGCCUCAACAAUGGGAUGAUUGUAUUGGUAUCUGAAUGAAAGUGGAAUGUGAAUGUGGUAACUCUCCAUCA